AUGGAUCAUCCUAUGCAAGAUGCCCCAGCCGACGUGCUGGCCGAUGCCCGACGGACGCUUGAGGCCUUGAAGAAUUCGGGGCUUUCGCGCGAUCUUUUGAUGCAAAUGUGGGAGGCCGAUGAUAGGGCAGCACAGCAGCAACAACAGCAGCAGCAACAGCAACAGCAGAUGGUUCCCCAACAAGAUGCCCCUAUGGAAGACGCUUCCACACGAGGAUCCUCUGGGCACGCCAGCAUUUGGUCAAUGGGCUCCGCCAAUUCGAACGCUACUAUCGCUACCAAUUACUCUCAGUCUUCUCAAAGCCCUUCAACAUGCCAGCAAUCCGCACCCCAGGCUGUUCCUGGCGGCCUUCCUCAAGUAGCGAGCGCCCAGACGGGAUGGGGUCCCGGCCGAUUCAACUUCUACUGGUGCACAUCCUGCGAAACAAGGUUCAAGCGCAAGUACGACUGGAAGCGUCAUGAGGAGGAGUUCCACGAGCGUUGGAAGAAAUACCCAUGCCCUGAGCCUGGCUGCAAUAGGAGCUUCUGGGGAGCCAACACCUUCAAUCAACACCACAAGGCGUCUCAUGGCUGCAAGACAUGCCCCCACUCCGAAAAGGUUGUCAAGUAUCUGAAGAGGAGAAAGUACUGGGCUUGUGGCUUCUGUUCCGCCCUUCAUCCCUCACGUGAACGCCACGUCGAGCACGUUGCGAGACAUUUUGAGUCGGGAAAGACAAAGUCCGACUGGAUGCAUUCCAGAGUUAUCUACGGCCUUCUUCAUCAGCCAUUGAUUCACGAGGCUUGGAAGGACAUCCUCAUGUCAAAGGCGAACGAAUUCAAUGGACGCCAACCCAACUUCAGCUGGAACCCCACACAGACUGGCCGUGCUCAAGGCUUUAUGGAGAACGAAAGUCCCGGCCAACUUCAGGAUCUGCUCGAGUUCUUUUCUGGUUCCAGCUCUGAGGCGGAAUCGAUUGUCUCAAUCGCGUACAAGCUUGCGGACCUUGUCUUCCUCCCCGUGCCGGCAUCGCCGCCUAUGCAAUACUCGCAAUGCUACGCCCCUGCUCCUACUGCUAUGCCUCAGCAAUACCCUCCUCAGCCCUUGCUGCCGCCUCCUUCGAUACCCUCGCAGACCCUGCCGACGCAAUCUCCUCAGCCCCCGGUCUUGUCGUCGCAAGACUCCUCACCGGGGCCUUUUAUGGAUCACAUGAGAGCGCAGUCGAUGAUGCCGGCGCCGUUGUUCCACACCCCUCAGCAGCGCACUACACCAGAGCCUCUUCACCGGGCGUCACUCGACAGAGAGCUGCCGCCACCACCUCAAGAGGCACAGCCCAUGAACUUUCAGUAUAUCCCUGACGGUAUCGUGUUUGAGGACUGGGAGAGCUUCUCCAGCACAGUUGUCGACGAAAACGCACCAGCACCAACGCCGAUGCCAACAGAAUGGCCGCUGGUGCCUGUACAAUAUUACAACGCCCCUGUGGGGCCAUGA